ACCAUUCACCACUCCGGGUCCACCCUCCAGACGCCGGGCUGCAGGUCAAGCGAGCCACCGCUGCUCUUCCAGUGUCACCCCGACAGGUUCCCCUGGAGGAGAUCCUUCUCUUGUUAACCCAUCCUUUUAGUCAAAAAUGGCACCAAAGAAAGACGUGAAGAAGCCUGCUGCCGCCGCUCCUGCCCCAGCCCCGGCCCCGGCCCCCGCCCCAGCCAAACCUAAAGAAGAAAAAAUCGAUCUGUCUGCCAUUAAGAUCGAGUUCUCUAAGGAACAACAGGAGGAAUUCAAGGAGGCAUUUCUCCUGUUUGACAGAACAGGUGAAUGCAAGAUCACCUUAAGUCAGGUGGGCGACGUCCUCCGGGCCCUGGGCACGAAUCCCACAAAUGCAGAGGUCAAGAAGGUUCUCGGGAACCCCAGCAAUGAAGAGAUGAACGCUAAGAAAAUUGAGUUUGAACAGUUUCUGCCCAUGAUGCAAGCAAUCUCCAACAACAAGGACCAGGGAGGCUAUGAAGACUUUGUUGAAGGGCUGCGUGUCUUCGACAAGGAGGGCAACGGCACCGUUAUGGGUGCUGAACUCCGCCAUGUCCUUGCCACUCUGGGUGAAAAGAUGAAGGAGGAAGAGGUAGAGGCGCUGCUGGCAGGCCAGGAAGACUCCAACGGCUGCAUCAACUAUGAAGCUUUUGUCAAACACAUCAUGUCUGUCUAAAUGGAGUUUUCAAGAACACAGUGUUUGGGAAGACUGGCCAGAACGUCAGUUCCAGAACACCUAUGGCUAACUGUCCACACCUACUUACCACCGCCCAGAUGAUCCAUCUAGACCGUUCCAGAUUGAAGAUAUCCCUGAAUUUUUACAAGCCUAGAGUUUUCAGGCAUCUACCGUUCUAGGAAGACAGAUAAAAUAUUGACAAUCUCAAGUCCAAACACCACUUUUAUCAUCUGCUUGGGUCCACAACAUUCUUAAACAUUGUAUCAAUAAAGCUGGUCAGUCGAAUAUUCAA